UAUGUAUGCUCCGUUGUGUUGUAAACAAGGAAAUUUUGAGUCAACUGCUCUGCCUCUGAAAGAAAUCAGAAAUGUCUUCGUUAAGCGAACGUGAUAUAAAUGCAUUGAAAGAUGCUAUAGAUUUGUAUGAUACUAUGGGUGAUGGAAAAGUUGAUUCUAGUGCUUUAGCUGAUAUCCUACGAGCGAUCGGUGAGAAUCCUACAGAAAGCGAAGUUCAGAAAUUUCUUGUUCAACUUGAUCCUUCUGGAAACAAGCGUAUAACCCACGAAGAUCUUAUACCAAUUGCACUUUCUUGCAAGCAAAAAUCGAGGAAAGUUAAACCUCAAGAAUUCGUUGAAUGCCUCCGUGUUUUCGAUAAGGAUUGCUCUGGGAAUAUCAGUUGUGCUGAACAUCGACAAGUUUUGACUACAUUAGGAGAUAAAUUGACCAUUGAAGACGUCGACAUGUUGACAAGUGGUUUGGAACAGAAAGGACAAGUGAAUUACGAAGAAUUUGUGCGAAGUGUCAUGUCUGGUUGAAACCGAAAUCGAAACUUCGAAAACAAACGACUAAGCAUUGAUAUUUAAAAACAUUUUUAAUUAUCUGUCAUCGGUUUUUAUUGACUUAAGUUUAAAACUUUUAUAUUUUCGAACGUGACGUUAGACAGUUUGCUGGUAAUUUAUUUGUAACCUUUGCAUUCAAACUAUGUGUAUUAAGGUAAACUAACGUAUUUAUUCAUGUUAUAUACAUUUUUUGUUUAAGCCCCGAUGAAAAAAUAAACCACGACGUUAUCAGCAGUGGCGAGAA